AUGAUAGUUUUCCCAUUCCUACUUAUAGGACUUUUGUUUCUGAAACAAACCAGCUAUGUCCUGCCUGUUUAUUUAGUUCAUUUAUGUUGCUCCCUUAUUCCAGUACUGGGACUCAAAGUGACUCACAAAAUCAUUAAAAAAAAUCAUCAUCUUAGAGAGCUCUUCCUCACAGGCAACCCAUGUACUGAUUUUGAAGGUUAUAGACAGUUUGUGGUUUCUACUCUUCAUCAGCUCAGGGUUUUGGAUGGCAGAGAAAUAGAGCGUUCAGAGAGGAUUCAGGCUAUACAAAACUAUGCUAAGGUAGAAAAACAAAUCCAAAAACAGGAACAAGCCUAUCUUCUUAAAAGAAGAGAAGAAAAAGAAGAGGCUGAAAGACGGAUGCAAGAGAAGGAGAAGCAAAAGAAACGUAAUUUAGGAUUUAAUGGACGAUGGUACACUGAUAUCAAUGCCACAAACUGUUAUUCUGUAGAAGGGACAAAGAGCCACCAGAAAGCUGGAGAAAAAAAUGAAUACCAUGAAUUGCUGAUGGAAGAUGAUGAUGAAGAAGAGAGAGUCUUUUGGGAGGAACCUGUGCCUCAUACUCCAGAGGCUAGGUUAGAAGCUCACAGAUACGUAGAAGAAAAAAGGAAAGCAAAAGAAAAUAGAGAACAAUUGAAGAAAGAGAAGCCACCAAGGACUAUGAUCACUCUUGAAGGAAGAGUUCUGAAUGUAAAUGAUCCCAAACUUCCUUUUUCCUUAAAAGAUGAUGAAGAAAACAACCAAUUCAUCCUUGAUCUUGCUGUCUACAGGCAUCUAGACACCUCUCUCCUUGAUGUUGAUGUACAGCCUGGUUAUGUCCGUGUAAUGGUCAAAGGAAAGCCUUUUCAACUUGUGCUUCCUGGAGAAGUAAAGCCAGAUAGCAGCAUUGCUAGAAGAUCUCAGACAACUGGACAUUUAGUUAUCAGCCUACCAAAGGCUAAAGAAAUAAUUGUGGCAAACCCCAAAACAACUACUUGUAAGAAAUUGUCUCACAUUGAUGAACAGAAAAGAAAUCUAAGAAGAAAUAAAUGCGCAGAGAAGUUAGAGGUGGAUCCUAACAAGUAUUCAUUUCCAGAUGUAACAAAUAUUGUACGGGAAACAGAUUUGAUUGGUCAAGGGCCUUUACGGCUUCAGCGGCAAAACAUUUUGAAUACCAACAAUGCAUUCCCAGACUUUGAUGAUGACCCAGAUGUUCCACCUUUAAUUUGACAGACUGAUAUUGGUGAAAUGUCCUUUGAUUUUAGAAUACUGUAGAUCUCUUUAAGGAUCAACUUGUUGCCUUUAUUCUGAUUGCCUUAUUCUAUUAUAUACAUAACAAAUGGCCUUAUUCUAUAAUAUAUAUAACAAAUGGAUGUAGUUUUCUAUAAACCUGUGUACGUCAGCUGUCUGGUGGUAAUUGAAAACCCUGUUUGGUUUGGAUUUCUACUCACAUAAACAAGACAU